AGGGGGCGCCGGGGACCGGCGGUGACGUCAGCAGCGCCCGCCGCUAUCUAAGUUGGGGAACCGCUGUUUUCUGUCCUUUUUCUCCUUACGAGUCCUGAGACGGGUAGGGAUCCAAAAACAUCUUCCCGUGGAACGGCACUUUUUACAAUCCAACAAAAAUGAUCAUCUACAAGGAUAUCAUCACCGGAGAUGAGCUAUUCACCGAGGUCUACAAAAUCACGGAGGUCUGCGACGGUAUGCUGUACGAGGUACAGGGAAAGCUCACUUCCAGAUCGGAGGACGUCGACGGUGCGUUAAUCGGUGCCAACGCCUCUGCAGAGGGCGGCGAUGAGGGUAGUGAAGCCUCCACAGUCAGUGGAGUCGACAUUGUGCUCAACAGCAAACUGCAGGAGACCUCGGCCUACAACAAGAAGGCUUACCAGAGCUACAUCAAGGGCUACAUGAAGGCAGUCAAGGCCAAGCUGGAGGAGCAGGGUUCUAAGAGGGUACAGGCCUUCAUGGCAGGCGCCCCAGCAGCUGUUAAGAUGAUCCUGGGGAACCUCGAUAAAUACCAGUUCUUCACCGGUGAGUCCAUGAACUGUGACGGCGCCAUCGGCCUGCUAGACUACCGCGAGGACGGGGUCACGCCCUUCUUCGUUUUCUUCAAAGACGGCAUCGAGAUCGAGAAAUACUAAACCAUCCGGACGUCUAACAGAAGUGCCUGGACCGGAGGGAGCGUGUCUGCUUGUUACCAUAGCUACCACCGCCCCUGAUCAUGGACAGACUGACCCUGCCCUGCCUGCUUGUUACCGUAGCGACCGCCGCCCCCGAUCAUGGACAGACUGACCCUGCCUGUAUCCCUCCCAACACCUGGAACAGACUUGUCUUUCUUUUAAUCCCAAGUUUUUUUGUGGCCCCAACCUUCUCUUCGUCCCCCACAUCUGACCUCCCGGGGGGAGACGCCAGGCCCUGUUUCUAAACAGACGGUCGUCGGGCAGGACCGUCCCCCCCCCGCCCCCCACCACCACCGUGGAUGGAACCAUGCUGGCUAGGCUGCUGUGUGCGAGGUGACUUCCAUCAGAUGUCCAGCUACAUUAAGCUCCCACCUUGCUCUCUCACACAACUGUAAAGGACUCAUUGACACUAUGUUGUGAAAUAAACGGGCCUAUUGGCCGAAAUACAA